ACGCCCAGUGGAAGAUUGUCAUGUAAUUAUUUAGAUACUGCUCCUCAAUACACCAAUGCGUCAUUGGUAGACAAAACUUUCUUGGUUAUCACCAUGUCAUGUGAAACGUCUUUGAACCAGCUCUCUGUGGAGACACGUGCAAAACUACGUUCCGCACAACUCCUUACUUCCUUACCACAAGUAGUUUCAGAGCUGCUGCAGAACUCCUUAGAUGCCGGAGCAUCUCAGGUGGAUAUUGGCGUAGACUGCGAAGAAUGGAGCUGUUGGGUGCGAGAUAAUGGUGCUGGGAUUAGCAAAGCUGGAUUGACUAUGAUCGGCAAGGGGUCAGAGGAAGGAAGAUACAAUACAUCCAAAGCAUAUACACCAGCAUCCCUAGACUCUGUUUCGACAUUUGGCUUUCGCGGAGAAGCUCUAUCAUCAAUGGCUGAAUUGUGCUGUUUGGAAAUUUCGUCACGCACAUCUCGGUCUCGGGAAAGCUGGUCUGUCAUCCUCAAGGGUGGGAAGUCUUUGUACUCAGGUCCAUCGAUUCGGUGGCGAAGAGAAACUGCAGGAACUGUCGUAUGCGUCAGGGACGCAUUCUUUAGCCUCCCUAUUCGUCGUCAAUCUCAUCCCUCUGCAGCUAAGACUAUAGAUGCGAUAAAGCAAGAGCUUGAGACAUACGCUCUUAUGUUUCCUGGAGUGUCAUUUACUCUUCAAGAUGACAGCAAAUCAAGAGACAAUGCUUCGAGCAAGGGGCACGUUCUUCGGAUCCCAAAGACCCGUUCAAUCUUGGCUGCAUUUCGACACAUGUAUGGUCGGGCACUGACCGAGCAUGUAGAAGACAUUGAUGCUACAUCUGAAGAUCUGACAGUGGAGGGAUUUAUAUCCCUUGUUGGAGCACGUUCGAAGGUGAGAACACCUGUUUGCAUGACACCUGUUGACUCACGACACAAUAGGCUCAUCAGUAUCUGUGUGAGUAUGAACCAAGCAUAUUUACAGCGUUUGCUGAGUCGUUUCUCAGACAUAAACAAGCAUCCGAUAUCAUUCUGCGAUCUUCAUCGCCUAAUUGACAGUAAAUUCUCAAAUAGUACGUUCAUGAAGCAUGCAUAUGAUGAAGGAGGGGAAACAAAUCUGCGAUCAUCGGUCCGCCGUUCGCCCCGAAAAGGCGAGAAUAAACCUAUCUAUGUUCUUAAUUUGGUCAUACCAACGCGACUCAUCGAUAACUGCCUGGAACCAGCAAAAUCCGCAGUUCAGAUUGAGCAUAAGAACGCUGUGACAACAUUCCUCUCUUCUGUGAUAGAUUUAUUCUUGAUUCGACAUGGUUUCGCAUCCGGCAAACGCGGUGGUGAGGAAGGUUGUGAUCCCCCGCCCAAGAAGCGCAAAGUCUCCAUAGUUUCAAAUAGUGCGGGCCGAAACAAUGUCCCUCAGCCGCCAGCCAGUAGGAAGGCAGAGCCGAAAGAAGCACGGGCGGUGUUCAUUCACCCGGGAAACAUCUCCGAGGAAAUUCCGCAAACGACGGUUUGGGAAGAUCCUGCCGUGGGUGAAAUGUUUAUUGUGAAUGCUCGUACUGGAAAUUCCUAUUCUCAAAAUUCGCGCCACAAGAUCGACGGAACGAACACGGCUAACGUGAACCGUGUUUCUCAAAUUCCACGUCUUCUGAGGAAAGGUCAGGGUCCAUGUUCCGGUCCUGCUCAUGAUAAAAUACCCGAUUGGCUACAAGAAGCUCUUGUUGCGAACGACGCAUAUGCCACCACAGAGCCAAAGAUUCCAUCUUUGCCGCUCUUUGCUAAUCAAGCUUCCGACGAUCAGGGUUAUGCUCUUAUUCACCCUAACCAUCCUUCGUGUUGCGCCCGCGCUUUCGGGACACCAUCAAGCUCCGAGCAUGCACGAACCAGAUUUCACAAAAGAGACUUAUUGAAGGCACAGGUCAUCAACCAGGUUGACCGCAAGUUCAUAGCCUGUUUAGUUGAUUUAGAUAAUCCUACGCACCGGGAGCAUGGGAAACCCCCUGGCUCAACUCUGAUCCUGAUUGAUCAACACGCUGCGGAUGAACGAGUCCGAGUCGAACGCUUCCUAACAGAAAUUUGCUCUGGUUUCCUACGACAUUGCGACGGAACCGAGGGCGUCGAAGUUUUGGAUCUGUCCCCCGCUGUGCCUAUUUUACUCACGUGUCAUGAAGCUUCGCGCUUGGCGACUAUCGAAGAAGUACAGUCAGCAUUCGACCGGUGGGGUGUGCGCUUUGAGGGAUUGGCUAACUUGAAGUUGACCUCGUUGGAAUCGGAAUGUGCGGGAGAUGAAGCAAGUAACGGGUAUGUGCAGGUCUUCGUCAGAGCAAUACCUGCGAUUGUGGGCGACAAGUUACUCAUGAACGAUGAGCUGCGAGAUCUUGUCAAAGGCUACCUUGGAACUCUCGAAAGUGAGGGAGCAUCCCUUCCUAGCCUAUCGCAGCAAAAAGACACCGAUAACACCAAGGACGACGAGUCGCGGUGGCUCAAGGCUCUUCGCUGGUGUCCACAGGAGCUUCUGGAUUUGAUCAACUCAAAAGCGUGUCGAGGCGCGGUCAUGUUCAACGAUCCACUAUCACUGGAACAGUGUGAACGCCUUGUGAGACAUCUUGCUGCGACUGCGUUUCCCUUUCAAUGCGCCCACGGAAGACCUUCCCUCGUUCCUUUGACCCAUGUAAGUAUCCAUAGCGGCAGGCGAUCCACACCGGCAUUGGAUUGGACAAGGCUGAGCUGACUCACGGUAGGCUAAAGUACCAUUAUUGUGUUCGCUUUGGAGACCCUUAUUGAGAGCCGACCGUAUCUUGGACACCUUCGUUACAUACAUUAAUGAUCUUAUUGUUAUUUCCUUGUGUUCAAAGGGCGCUGGCACGUGAUGCGCUGAUGGUCGCGUGACAUCGAAGCGCUCGUUAAUUUAGUGACGUCAAAGUGGCGUGUGGGGUAUAAAGGUCACCUGCACAGGCUCCCUUUGACCUCAUCCAACAUUCAACCAACAACUACAUCAUCAUCAUCGUCGUCGUCGUCGUCGUUGCAUUUUACCGAAGCACUGAGAUUACUAUAAUACCCUCCAAUUACUGCGCACCACACCCGAUCUCUAUCCAUCAUGACAAAGUCCCUCACCAAGGUCGUGUACCAGCCCGACACUCAGUCGACAGACGAGUUUACUGUCAUUGUUAAUCCAACAGAG